CAUAACCCGAAAACCGCCACCUUUCAUUCGCGCAAUUUUCUCAAAUCAUAGAUCAUACCCACUCUCUUAAUUGUUUCACUUUCCCAUACAUGUAUUGAUCUUCGUCAAGGCUUCACUGUCUCUCUCUUUCCACAGUUUAAUUUGCUUCUCUUGGGCAGCGUCUGGGAACCAUUGCCUUUUUAUAUCGGUUUUGAUUGUCUGCAGUUCCCUUGAUCCUUGAAUUAGGGUUCGUUCCGAGAUGGGUAGCCCCGAGAAGAAUGAAAAUAAGGGCUUUUUCGCUUCAAUGAGUUCUAGCCUUUCCAUUUUCAGCAAUGCUAUGCACCGAUCUGUCAAUGGGCUGUUAGGAUAUGAAGGGGUUGAAGUGAUAAAUCCUGAGGGAGGUAAAGAUGAUGCGGAAGAGGAAGCUCAGAGGGGAAGAUGGAGAAAAGAGGAAAGAGAGAGUUACUGGAAGAUGAUGCACAAAUAUAUAGGGUCAGACGUAACAUCGAUGGUGACUCUUCCUGUUAUUAUUUUUGAGCCCAUGACCAUGCUUCAGAAGAUGGCGGAGUUGAUGGAGUACUCCUACUUGCUGGAUCGGGCAGAUGAAUGUGAGGAUCCUUACAUGCGAUUGGUGUAUGCCUCAUCGUGGGCUGUAUCUGUGUACUUUGCAUAUCAACGAACCUGGAAGCCUUUUAAUCCCAUUCUAGGAGAGACUUAUGAAAUGGCUAACCAUGGUGGAAUUACAUUUCUCGCAGAACAGGUAAGCCACCAUCCCCCAAUGAGCGCUGGGCAUGCAGAGAAUGAGCAUUUUACAUAUGAUGUGACCUCAAAGUUAAAAACCAAGUUUUUGGGAAACUCUGUUGAUGUUUACCCUGUUGGAAGAACCCGUGUGACCCUCAAGAGGAGUGGUGUAGUUCUAGAUUUGGUUCCACCUCCUACAAAGGUAAACAACCUAAUAUUUGGCCGGACUUGGGUCGAUUCACCUGGAGAAAUGAUAAUGACAAAUUUGACAACUGGAGACAAAGUUGUGCUGUACUUUCAACCAUGUGGAUGGUUUGGAGCUGGUCGCUAUGAAGUGGACGGAUAUGUUUAUAAUUCUUCAGAAGAGCCUAAAAUAUUGAUGACAGGGAAGUGGAAUGAAUCGUUGAGUUAUCAACCUUGUGAUUUGGAUGGAGAGCCUCUUCCAAAUACAGAACUGCAAGAGGUUUGGCAUGUUGCUGAUGUUCCACAGAAUGAUAAAUUCCAGUAUACCUAUUUUGCACACAAAAUCAACAGCUUUGACACUGCCCCUCGCAAGUUGUUGGCAUCAGACUCUCGUCUGCGCCCAGAUAGAUAUGCGCUUGAGAUGGGUGAUUUAUCCAAAGCUGGGGCAGAAAAAAGCAGUUUGGAGGAGAGGCAACGUGCCGAGAAGAGAACUCGAGAGACUGAAGGGCAUAACUUUACACCAAGGUGGUUUGAUCUAACUGAAGAAGUGACAUCUACCCCCUGGGGUGAUUUGGAAAUCUACAAAUAUAAUGGGAAAUACACUGAGCAUCGGGUAGCUAUAGAUGGUUCAGGCAGCUCUGAUGAUGUUGAUGUUAAAUCAAUAGAAUUCAAUCCCUGGCAGUAUGGUAGUCAAGCCACAAACUGAGGUGCUCAUUAUUCUAUCUCAAGUGAUCCUAGUAUCUUGACUGUACAUGUGGAACGUCUUUCAUGGUGCCUGGUAUAUAUGCGAUGGUGUCGAGCUAGAGCUGUUUGUGCCCUUUUUCAAUGCAUAUUUUGAGAAUAAAACUUGCAAUAACGUCGGGGAAUGCAACCCAACAAUGCAGAUGCAUGUUUUCUCACCCGUUCCUCUUAUGUAACAUUUAUCUUUUGGAAAGAACGCCCAAAGCAUGGACACACUGCAAACACCAACCGAGGCCUGCCAACAUGCCAAACCUUGGUGUUUUGGUGCGCCUCUAACAAGAAUGGACGCCGGAUUUUUACCUGUGGGCGGGACAGUGGGAUAAAACUUAUUACAGCCUGCUGCUCAGAUUCCAUUUAUAUGUAAUAUAUACACCAUUCGAGCUC